UUGCGCAACUGCUACAUAGCGAUUCGGAUUCAUCUGACUCAGCCUGGUUUGUUGUGUGCAGGGCCGUGUACAGCUGUACUAUGUUUUGCUUUCUGCUAUACCAGUGAGAGCGUGUUGUUGUUAUUAUUAAUCUUUAAUAUUACUUAGAUAUAUGAGAAAAGCACGAUAAUGAGUGAGCUAACUCCAGAAGAGCUUCGGAAACGGCGUCUAGCCCGCCUGGGAGGGACGGAAACGCCCGCGCAGGACAAGGCAGCACCCCUGGAAGAGGCACCCCCAGAAGCCCUUUGGACAACAGCAGGGGCAGACGAGCCGUGCAAACGACAGAAGUCCACUGCACCACUUCUGUCGGAGCGAGGUGAGAACCAGAAAGCGUUGGAGCGAGCAGAAUCACAAUCUUUGGACACGGACCAGGAAGAAAAAAGCUCGCAGAUGGACGUUGACUCCGGCAUAGAGAACAUGGAGGUCGACGAACUGGACAGAAAGGAAAGGAUUAGAGACGGUCAAGAACAGGUGCAUCCCGCACUGAACCGAAUCCUGUGCCUACCCGGUGGUCCCGUGACGGUGCCCAGUGCGGAUACCUUCCAAGUUCCGUACGGUGAGCUGAUCCAACAGAUGCUGGCUGAGAACGUGCAGGUGCUCCUGCAGACACCCGUAGACUCCACCUGUCCACAGGGUAGAAGUAGACCGGAGAGCCCGGAAUCCGUUGCCCUGGACUACUUGCUUUCUUGCUAUUCUCGGGUGGCCCAAGAAGAGAGAACCUCACCGAAGCGCUGCAGUGAAUCUCCCCUACGCGAACUGCUGGCAGACGUGAGAGUGCAGUGCGUGCAUUUCUCUGUGCUGCUGCUGGAGGGCUCCUUGGCUGGAUCAAGGGUGCUCCUGUGGAGGCAGUCGUUGCUGCUGAUGCCCCUGUUGAAGCAAGGCGUGCCCAGGGGGUUUCUCCAGGAGAUGAUGUGCGUCAUACCUCGAGCCUCUUUUAAGCCCGUGUUCGGGUCACUGCUGCACAGUCUCGUCCAGCACAUGAGACAGUGUUCCCUCCUGUCAGAUGCAUUUAAGCAGCCUCUCCAGGUACUGGUGGAGCUGUGUGAUGUGCGCAACUCGGGCACACGGCCAUUUUGUGACCUGAUGGUGGAGAGCCCCCUAUGGAAUCCCACUCCCAUCUCUGAAACCACAGGCGGACGAGAGCUCUCACGGCUUUGCCUCCUAGGACCUUUCCUGGGCCUCUCAGUUUUUGCAGAAGACGACCCCCGAAUCGUCAACACCUACUACCUGCAGAGCACCUUAACUUCGGAGAAUACUCAUUUUGUAAACCAGUCAUUGCAAAGCAUGCUGGAAUUUUCCAGGACUCAGCUAUUUCACGUGUUCCACAAACUUCUUGUCAACCCUGGCAGUAGGGACAAAGCAUUGGCCUUCAUAUCCACCCUGCUGAAGGCCAACGAAAAACGGGCGCAGCUCCAGGUGAACGAUCGUACCGUGGCUACGGACGGGUUCAUGCUCAAUUUGCUGGCUGUGCUGCAACAACUGUCGGUCAAGAUAACGGUUGACAAGGUGGACCCAUAUUACCCAUUCCAUCCAGCUUCCAAGGUGGACAUCAGUGCCGACACUCGCCUCAAGAUGACCGCUCAAGAGGCUCAGGAGUUUUCCGAGGAACUCAAGAAGAACAACUGCUGGAGCGAAGUGAAGUUCCCGACCGAGUGCUUGUUCCUGACCCUGGUGUGCCAGCACCUCGGGCUUGCCCCAGCUCUUCGGCGUUACGGCCGAAGGCUGCGUGCCGUGCGGGAGCUGCAGCGCAUGGCGGAAGAGAUGGCGGCUGCCCAACCCCUCUGGGAGUCCCAUCCCAAUGCACAGAGGAAUCGUAUACUUAUCCGAAAAUGGAAAGCGCAAGCAAAGAAAAUUGCAAAGAGUAAAGCAUGUGCUGAUGCUGGGCUAUUAGACCCUCAGCUCAUGGGUCGCUGCCUCAGUUUUUAUUGCCAAGUGGCGUCAGUUCUGGUUGGAGUCUUGCAAGUGUCAGCACAGCCACUUACGUCGGUUCCGAAGCUGUUCGCCGGAUACCCAGAGUGGUUUGUCGAAGACAUCGCAGACCUGCUGCUCUUUGCUAUCCAGUACCAGCCACAGACAGUGGGCAGCCAUUGUGACGAGGCCCUGGUGCAGCUGCUGGUGGCGCUAGUGUGCUCCUCGCUACAGUGCUUGGCCAAUCCUUACCUGACAGCCAAGCUGGUGGAAGUGCUGUUUGUUGCCAGCCCAGCGGUGCAGCCGCACACGGGCAUCACCUACACGCGGGUCCUGGCCCACCCUCUGGCCGAGCAGCACCUGGCACCGGCCCUCAUGCGCUUCUACACGGACGUGGAGACCACGGGGGCGGCUUCGGAGUUUUACGACAAGUUCACGAUCCGCUACCACAUAAGCAUUCUAAUCAAGAGCCUGUGGGAGAGCCCUCGCCACAAGGAAGCACUUCUGCAGGAGGCAUCAGACGGACGUCAGUUUGUCCGCUUUGUCAACAUGCUGAUGAAUGACACGACGUUCCUGCUCGACGAGUCCCUGGAGUCUCUGAAGCGCAUUCACCAGACGCAGGAAGCGGUUGACGGGUCAUCCCGCGAUGCUCAGCAGGCGAGGCAGAGGCAGCUCCAACAGGACGAACGACAGUGCCGGUCUUACCUCACCCUGGCGAGGGAGACGGUGGACAUGUUACACUACCUCACCACUGAUAUCAAGGAGCCUUUUCUACGCCCGGAACUGGUUGACAGGCUGGCUGCCAUGCUCAACUUCAACCUCCAGCAGCUGUGCGGGCCCAAGUGCAAGGAUCUGAAGGUGCAGAACCCCGAGAAGUACGGCUGGGAGCCGCGACGCCUGCUGGAUCAGCUGACCGACGUCUACCUCCACCUGGACUGCCCUCCGUUCCGGGCGGCCGUGGGACGGGACGAACGGUCGUACAGCGCCGCGCUGUUCCGCGACGCAGCCGCCCGCAUGCGCAAGGCCCUCAUCAAGACUACAGCGCAAGUGGAGCAGUUUGAGCACCUGGCACAGCGGGUCGAGGAGCUGAGGCGAGAUGCCAGGGAGAUAGAUUACAGCGACGCCCCCGACGAGUUCCGUGAUCCCUUGAUGGACACGCUAAUGGAAGACCCCGUCAUCCUGCCCAGUGGGAACGUGGUAGACAAGGCAACCAUAGUACGGCACCUGCUCAAUUCAAAUACGGACCCUUUCAACCGGCAGCCACUCACGGAGGACAUGCUGCAUCCUGCUGCAGCACUGAAGAAACGUAUUGACGACUGGAAGAGGUCCAAGCUGUCACACUGAGAACUGCACCAUCUUCUCAACAAUCUCAAAUGCAUAAAAACGAUGCUGUCUUUGC